CCUGGGCGGUCUAUCCGGGGUUUAGCGGGUGGGACUCGGAGCGGAUCCGCUUGCGGUGACAUCGGCGGCGGGGGGAGGGGGGUGGCAACCUUCGGGGCGCUCGACUGGAGUCCCUGUCGCCGCCGCCCCACGCAACGCAGAGCCCGACCGACCGACCCUGCCCUCUCCCACCCACCAUGUCGGAUUUUGACAGCAACCCCUUCGCGGACCCGGACCUUAACAACCCCUUUAAGGAUCCUUCAGUUACACAAGUGACAAGAAAUAUUCCUCCAGGACUAGAUGAAUACAAUCCUUUCUCAGAUUCCAGAACACCGCCACCAGGAAAUGUCAAAAUUCCCAACGUUCCCAGUACACAACCAGCUAUAAUGAAACCGACAGAGGAACCGCCUGCUUAUACUCAAAUUGCAAAGGAACAUGCCUUGGCCCAGGCUGAACUGCUUAAACGUCAGGAAGAAUUGGAAAGGAAAGCAGCUGAAAUGGAUCGGAGGGGAAGAGAAAUGCAGAGCCUCCACCAAACAGGCGGAAGGAAAAACAAUUGGCCUCCACUACCUGGAAAUUUCCCAGUGGGUCCUUGUUUUUACCAGGAUUUCUCUGUUGACAUCCCUGUAGAAUUUCAGAAGACAGUAAAAAUUAUGUACUACUUGUGGAUGUUCCACGCAGUAACACUAUUUCUUAACAUCUUUGGAUGUCUGGCCUGGUUUUGCUUGGAGCCGAAGCGAGGAGUUGACUUUGGACUGAGCAUUCUCUGGUUCUUGCUUUUUACUCCUUGUUCAUUUGUCUGCUGGUACAGACCACUUUAUGGAGCCUUCAGGAGUGACAGUUCUUUCAGAUUCUUUGUUUUCUUCUUUGUGUACAUUUGUCAGUUUGCAGUUCAUGUCCUUCAGGCUGCAGGUUUCCAAGGAUGGGGCAACUGCGGAUGGAUUUCAUCUCUUACUGGACUUAACCUUAGUAUUCCAGUAGGCAUCAUGAUGAUAAUUAUAGCAGCACUUUUCACAGCAUCUGCAGUCAUCUCGUUAGUUAUGUUUAAGAAGGUACAUGGGCUGUACCGCACAACCGGAGCAAGUUUUGAGAAGGCCCAGCAAGAAUUUGCAACGGGUGUGAUGUCCAACAAAACUGUACAAACUGCUGCAGCCAACGCUGCGUCAACAGCAGCAACUAGCGCCGCUCAAAGUGCUUUCAAGGGUAACCAAAUAUAGAGAAAGAAAGAGAUGAAAAUCACAAGAAUUUUCUGGCUGUAUUUUAUUUUCCAGUCACUUAUACUCCCUAAAGACUUUUGUUCAAACUGCACACAGCAUGUAUGUCUCCUCUUCAGCUGUGCAUGGGCUAAAACAGGGAAAAGGUCCUUGUUCCAUUCCUUUAUACACUUAUUUAUCCAAAAGUACUUUCUGGCUACUCUCUAACUUAAAAUUGUUUGAAUUAUAUUUUUCUCCAUAUUUUUGGAGGCGUGUUGUGAAAAUUUCAACAGUGCAUCUGAAAUUGAUAUGGCAGCUUCUGGGGUCACCUUAAAUGGAUUUUAGGGUUUUCUGGUCAGUUGUUCUCUCUGGGACCUUUCACUUUGACUUGAGACAAGCACUUUGGAGCAACCCUUUUUGUUCCUAAUAGUUUGCUUCCCUAUUUUCUUACGUGAGAAACAGGGCAGCUGACGGGUUUGAACGUGACAUUUAGCUGCUGCUAUACAUCUUCAGCAGCUGAUGAAGGACAGAUGUAAGCUUAAAAUAAGUAUGAUAGAUAAUGUAAAUUCUUUUUUUAGGAUAAUAGGUCUUUUGAUAAAACUCUGAGUUUGCAUGAAACAGUUAUUUGGCCACGUUGAGCUAGUGUUUUGGUCCAGAAUCUGUCUCUACAACUAUGGUUAUAGUAUUUGUUGGGAUCUGUUUUCAUGGUGUAUGGUCUUCUAGCUUGGAAUGGUUUUUCUACAGAGAUACUGUCAUUGAAAGAAUACAUAAUGCAA